UCGGCCUCAUUUUACAAGAGAUCGCUUAACUCUUUCAUGGAGCGAUGAUCCCUGGAUGAUCCCUCUGUGCAGUGUUGGCAGAAUUGUCUGCUUAUCCUCUCAGGUGUAGCUGCAGAGCUCAGGCUCCUCCCCAGCCAGCUCUUUCUGACCGGCCUGUCAGAAGAACAGGAAGACUAUCGCUAAAGACGUAUUCGCUUACCCCUGUCAGUAGGGGUUAAAAAGUUAACUAAACUUGUAAAGCAGUCAUGGAAACUAAUUUAGGAGACACAGUCGGGGCAAGUCGUCUCUAAUACCAACUCGUCUCCCUUAUUGUAGUCGCCGAAACAAGUGGAAGUGGGAAGAGCGGAGUUUUUUUUCCUUUCCACGGAGACUUUACCUAGCGUUACUGUAGUCAGACGAGCUAGCAUAGCUAGCUAAAGCUAACGGUUAGCUCAGUUACCGCAUACUUCGCGACUUAAUAUUCACAUAGUUUAAAGCUUCGGUUUGUGUAACAUGCGGAUACUGGUAGAAUAAAUCCUCAUUUGUAUUUUAUAAACGCAACAGGUUUUAUUCGUACUUCUCGUCCCGGGGACUUGGGGCUGUGCUUUGAAUUUCCCUCCUUCAGUGAUACAGACAGGCGGCUUAGCGAAGGGCUUGGGGUUGUUGGCUUUUUACCAAAUCAUUAGCAACUUUGUGCUAAUUGUGGCUAAGUUAGCAAGGGCUCUAGCUUAGGCCAAAGGUAAUUAACUGUUGGCUUUUUCUCAAAGUUAGGAAAUACCGUUGGAAGAAACGUUUGCUUUUGUUUUUUUACAUUUGAGUACGGGUUACGAUUAGCUAACGUUACCGCCUCACAGUUAUUUUGACACCCAAGGAAACGGAUUAAGUUAUAAAUAUGGAUCCACAAACGGGGAGCUCUGCCUCAGCUGCAGGUCCCAAGAAGGACAAGAAAUCGAAGAAGAACUAUGAGGAUGGAGAUGGGAAAAAGAAAUUUACCCUCAAACGCCUGAUUCCUGACGAGUUGGAGCGUUUCACCAGCAUGAGGAAAAAGGACAAGGAGAAGCCCGGCCAAGUGCCAGGCCAACGACACUCUUCAGCUGCCAGCUAUGAGCUCAACACUCAGAGCGCCAUGCUGCAUGAUCAUUCUGAUGAAUACGUCCUGGAACUCUUUGAACAGAUGCUGGUGGAUAUGAACCUGAAUGGGGAGAAGCAGCAGCCUCUAAGGGCAAAAGACAUUAUGAUCAAACGAGAGAUGGUCUCCCAGUACCUCCACACGUCUAAAGCUGGUCAAAACCAGAAAGAGAGCGCCAAAUCAGCCGUGAUGUACAUCCAGGAGUUAAAGUCGGACUACCGAGACACACAGCUGCUGAGCUGUCUGGAAUCUCUGCGAGUCUCUCUCAAUAACAAUCCUGUCAGUUGGGUGCAGAACUUUGGAGAUGAAGGGCUGGCCCUGCUGCUGAAUCUGCUUAGAAGACUACAGGAAGACAAAGACGAGUACCCAAUGAUAGGAGUGAAAUGUCAGCACGAGAUCAUUCGUUGUCUAAAAGCCUUCAUGAACAACAAGUAUGGUCUAAAAUCCAUGCUGGAGUCAGUUGAGGGAAUUCCUCUGUUGGUCAAAGCCAUCAACCCACAGGUGCCACAUAUGAUGGUGGAUGCUGUCAAGCUCCUUUCUGCCAUUUCAAUUUUGGAACAUCCUGAGAACCUUCAUGAGCGUGUUUUGGAGGCCAUUACAGAGGAGGCAGAAAGACGGGACAUCGAGAGGUUCCAGCCUCUCCUUGCUGGCAUGACCAAUCACAACAUUGCUCUUAAGGGUGGCUGCAUGCAGCUAAUCAACGCCUUAAUAAGUCGGUGUGAGGAGUUGGACUUCAGGAUCCAUAUUCGCUCUGAACUGUUAAGAUUGGGACUGAGAGACCUGCUGACGGAGGUGCGAAUGAUAGAAAACGAAGAGCUGAGGGUGCAACUCAACGUGUUUGAUGAGCAGGCUGAAGACGACUCUGAGGACCUCAAAGCACGUCUUGACGACAUCCGCAUUGAGAUGGAUGAUGUGAGGGAAGUGUUUGAGAUCCUAGUCAACACUGUGAAGGACUCAAAGGCCGAAACCCACUUCCUGUCCUUGAUGCAGCACCUGCUACUGAUCCGUAAUGACUAUUUGGCCAGGCCUCAGUACUACAAGUUAAUAGACGAGUGUAUCGCUCAGAUCGUGCUUCACAGGAAUGGAGCGGACCCUGACUUCAAGUGCCGGAACCUCAGCCUCAACAUUGAAACCUUGAUAGAAAACAUGGUCGACCAGACCAAGGUGGAAAUGAGCGAGGCCAAGGCAGCUGAGCUGGAGAAAAAGCUGAAUGCAGAGUUGACAGCACGCCACGAGUUGCAGGUGGAGCUGAAGAAACUGGAGGGCGACUAUGAGCAGAAGGUGCAGGAUUUGAGCCAAGACAAGGAACAGCUGGCCACAGCUAAGCAAGAGCAAGAAAAGCAGAACCAAGAACUACAACAACAGCUUAGCACACGGGAACAACAGAUUGAAAAGCUGUCUAAAGAUCUGGAAGAGGCCAAGACCAAAGUAGUCACAGUUACGGUUCCUGUGCCAACACCUGGUUUCUCUCCUCCACCACCUGCCCCUCCUCUCCCUGGCCAGAAUGCAGGUAUGCCCCCUCCACCUCCGCCCCCUCCCUUGCCAGGCCAGGUAGGCAUGCCUGUUGCCCCAGCCCCUCCUCCUUUACCGGGUCAUGCCAGUAUUCCUCCCCCACCGCCUUUGCCAGGCAUGCCAAGACCUCCACCUCCCCCACCUCUCCCUGGCAUGCCUGGACCUCCACCACCCCCGCCUCUCCCUGGCAUGCCAGGACCGCCACCCCCUCCACCCUUACCUGGUAUGGGACCUCCACCACCACCACCACCACCUGGGUUUCCUGGUAUGCCCCCUCCACCACCAGGCCCAGGCAUGCCUCCACCUCCACUAUUUGGCAUGGGGGGCUGGGGUCUUGCUGCACCACCCUCACUGCCUUAUGGGCUCCAGCCUAAGAAGGAGUACAAGCCUGAGGUCCAGCUGAAGAGAGCCAACUGGAGCAAGAUCGUCCCUGAGGACCUCUCUGAGAAAAGUUUCUGGACCAAGGCCAAAGAAGGGAAAUUUGAAAACAAUGAGCUCUUUGCCAAACUCACCUUGGCCUUCUCCUCACAGACAAAGACCACUAAAGCCAAGAAGGAACAGGACGGAGUAGAUGAAACAAAGCCAGCACAGAAAAAGAAGGCAAAGGAACUAAAGAUCCUCGACUCAAAGUGUUCACAGAACCUUUCCAUUUUCCUGGGAUCCUUCCGUCUCCCGUAUGAGGAGAUCAAGAUUGCCAUCCUGGAGGUUAAUGAGAAGGUCAUCACAGAGUCCAUGGUUCAGAACCUGAUCAAACUCCUGCCAGCGGCAGAGCAGCUGAACGUCCUGGGUGAGAUGAAGGAUGAAUAUGAUGACUUGGCUGAGUCCGAGCAGUUUGGAGUAGUGAUGUCCGGCGUGAAGCGGCUGAUGCCACGACUUCAGGCCAUCCUGUUCAAGCUGCAGUUUGAGGAGCAGCUGAACAACAUCAAGCCAGAUGUUGUGUCUGUGACAGCAGCCUGCGAGGAGCUUUGCAAAAGCCAGAAUUUCACCAAGCUGCUCGAGAUCAUCCUCCUUGUCGGGAACUAUAUGAAUGCUGGCUCACGCAACGGAAAUGCUUAUGGCUUCUCCAUAUCAUACCUGUGCAAGCUGCGUGACACCAAAUCAGCUGAUCUGAAGCAGACGCUGCUCCAUUUCAUCGCUGAUGUGUGCAAGGAGCAGUAUCCGGAGGUCAUGAGCUUUACAGACGAGCUCAUCCAUGUGGAAAAGGCCAGCAGAGUUUCUGCAGAGACACUUCAGAAGAACCUUGAGCUGAUGGGCCGUCAGAUCAAGAGCCUGGAAAAAGAUCUGGAAACCUUCCCCCCUCCACAAAAUGACAAGGACCUGUUUGUGGAGAAAAUGACCAUUUUUGUGGGUACUGCCCAUGAGCAGUUUGAGAAGCUGGAUCUACUGCAUAAGAAUAUGGAGAAGCAAUAUACCGACCUGGGAGAGUACUUUGUCUUUGACCCGAGAAAAGUGUCCGUAGAAGAAUUCUUUGGGGACCUCAACACCUUUAAAAACAUGUUCCAGCAAGCAGUACAGGAGAAUCAGAAGAGGAAGGAGGCUGAAGAGAAGCUCAAGAGGGCCAAGCUGGCCAGGGAAAAGGCAGAGAAGGAGAAGGAGGAGAAACUCAAGAAGAGCCAGCUCCUUGACAUCAACGCAGGGGAUGAUGAAACUGGUAUCAUGGAUGGCCUGUUGGAAGCUCUACAGUCUGGCGCUGCUUUCAAGAGAAAGAGAGGACCACGCCAAGCAGCCAAUCACCGACGAGCUGGUCAUGCAGUGACCAACAUCCUGGCCAAAGAGCUGAUGCAGGAAGACGCGCCUUCAUUCAGCAAACUGCCUGCUAAGAAGAAACAGUCAGAGGUGAAGGAAGAGCCUAAACAAGAAGGAGCUGAGUCAUUAGAGGAGUUAAUGGAGGCCACUCUCUCUCGGUCCAAUUAGGCACACAGGGCAGAACGUUUUUUACUCAGUGAUAUCAAAACGCAGAUGUAUUUGUAGCCAUUUCAGGGGCCAAUAUCAAUCAGAUUAGCUCACAGGAAAAAAGCCCUGUUUCCCAGACACUCGUCUUAACUAGACCGUAUUUUUAGGGUUGUAUUGAUUAGUGUUUCGGGAGGACAGGGAGUGGAGGUGGGGCUCUGACCUCAGCCACAGCUCCUGGAUGGAUGUCCCUCGUCAUCAACCUUUAGAUCUUUGCCAUUGUCAUAAAAAUGUAAUUGCUUUCUUCAUGUGCACAUAUCUGUUCAUGUUUUUUGUCUGUUUCACUUGAUUCACUUGUCAUUUAUCAAAGGGCAUCUUGAGCAAUUCCAAAGACUCAGGAGGGAUCCACCCCUUUGUUUUGCGUUUUUUUCUUUUCUUCCAAAUCUCAACUUUAGACUGGGGAUGUCUGGAAUUUGGCACAUAUUGUAGGUGCUUCAUAGGGGUUUCUUUGGUUAUUCGAAGCCAAGACCACUUUGCGCUAUGUCACACCAUGAAACAUAUUGCUUUGUAUUUGUCUGGUAUACUCUAUGUUACGGUUUGUAAAUGUUAAUAAUUUCUCUGUGUUAUUGAAAAAAGUGCCAAUCAAUAGAAAUCUAGUCUUUUCAUUUCACUCCUGGGUUUUGUCUAGUCACAGUUCACAUUGUACUGUUGUGGACCAGUCCAACAACAGUCAUCACCUGGGUGUUUCAGAGUGUGUUUUUUUUUACUGAGAAGGGAUUUAGUUCACUGGUGUUAGAUUUUACAUAAGAAUGGACAUGAUUUACACACACUCAUCUAAGAUACCACACGUGCCCACGACAGUUACAUGAAGAAAACCUGCCUACAACUAUGACCAUGAACAUUCCCAUUAACCCCAGAGGGACGUGGAGAUAAAUUGGAGAAAGAAGGUCUUCCACAGACAGUUAAACCAAAAAGAAAAACUUUUAAAUGGGUGUUUCCAACUAGCCUGAGCAGUUUACAUGCCUGUGUGUUUGUGUGUAAGAAUGAGUGUAUGAAGUAAGCUGCAUUUAUUUA